CCGGAAUAUAGUCUUUUGAGUAUCACUGAAUACAUUUUGUCCUGGUUUUGUUCACCAAGCUUUCCCCGCUAUAAAUGCUGGAAUAUUGAAAUUGUACUUAUGCACGCCAGGGAUAUGCUCUCUCCCAUUAGGGUUCACAGGGUUAUCGCUUAUGCGUACGCUAGCUUUUAGUGCUUAUCGGUUCGUCAUUUCCAUGGCUGACAAAUUACCACAUCAUUCGAUUGAGGGAUCGUUCCUUUUCUCUUUAAACAUUGCUUCUAGAAAUCUUGGAAGGAUGACAUACUAGAUCAGAGAACUCAUCAAGCGUGACAAUGGAUGGAGAAUAUGCGAAGCCGGUGCUACAAAAGCAUACGUUUCAUGUACCAAACGUAUUCUCAAGGUUAGAAGAACGUGGGAAUGUAACGUACGAACCUUUAGGUCAGGAAGAAGAUGGGGAGGAUGUGGGAGAAGGAGUACCUUUGCAUGCAAGUGGAGAAGGAAAUGAAAACUCAGGCAAUUCAGAAGGUGUAGAAUAUACGACAGCAUGGGAACAAUCACCAUUUAUGGCAAAAAUAUACCUUCAAGCAGCAUUUGUCCUAUUAGGAGCUGCUGUCUUGCUCCCGUUCAAUGCGAUUAUCACGCCAACAGAGUAUUACAGAAGUAUAUUGACAGGUACAAGUCAAGAGAAAUCAUUUAUGAGCUGGAUCAUUCUGGUUUAUAACAUUUCCAGUAUUGCUUUUGGCGCUCAUGCAACUGCAACUAUGCCAAACAAUUCGAUCAAACGGAGGAUCUUCUCUUCAAUGGCCGUCAUCAUUUCGAUUCUAGUGUUCAGUACAGCACUAACGGCCAUCACAGCUCAAGGCAAUAAGUCAUAUUCGACAACGUUCACACUUCCCACUAUUUUGCUGUUGACAUUAAUCAUCUCAGCAGCGACCUCGUAUCUGCAAUUGGCAGUCAUCACCUUAUCCAAUGCUUAUGGUCCGCGUUGUUUGGGAUUGAUGCUCACCGGACAAGGUGCUGUGGGGGCAGGAGUGAGCUAUACUCAACUUGUCGUGGCUUAUGUCAGUGUUGAUGGACGUGGUCCUUCUUCAAUGGGCGAUGGCGAAGCGGCAAAGGCUGCAGUGAAGUUCUUCGUAGCAAAUUCUGUCUUGAUGAUUGUGGCAUUAUAUUGUUAUUGGAGAUUAACGAGAAGCAAGAUCUACAGGGAGAUGGAGGAGAGCAUGGCUAAUAAGGUCAAUGCGGAACGAUCGCAAGAGACUUCUAGAGAUGGACUUACUGCACCUCCCGCAUCAGCAUCACCUAUUCGCAAAUACAUGAGUAGCUCUGUGGAGGCGUUAUAUGAUCGCAUUAUGGAAGUGCAACGGAAGACAAUUCUUCCCUGCUUCACCAUCGCUUAUAUCUUCGUUGUCACUCUGGCCGUCUUUCCCUCGCUAACAUCAAGAGUACGGCCUGAAGCGUUUCAAGAAGCGACAAAACCUGUUUCGACGCUCAUUUUUGUAGCGUGGCACUUUGUUGCAUUCAAUACGAGUGAUCUGAUCGGUCGUACUCUGCCAACAAUUGCACCCAAUGUCUUUUGCUUUCAACGUAUGGGAUACGUUUCGAUCGCUUCUUUAUUACGUACAGCAUUGAUUCCACUUUUGGCAUUGUGUAACCUUGAACGAACUUCUUCGAUUGGUAUUGGCGAUUCUUCAAAUUCGCUGGGAUCACCUGCUUUCUUCUUCUUGGUCAUCGUAUUAGGCACAACAAAUGGACUUUUGGCCACCAAUACAUUCAUCAUUGGACCACGUUCGCCUGAUCUUGUCGAUGGACGUCAACGUGGCUUAGCAGCUGGUUUGAUUAGUUGGUGGCUUACAUUCGGUCUGGCGAUCGGAGGUGUUGCCAGCUUUUUCAUUGGUCAAGCAUGAUAUAUUCCCUUUCUUAUACACAUACAAGAUACCCAUUUCUAUUUUUAUUUUUCAAUCUGAUUCGAUGUACUAGUAUA